ACUACAAGUCCCUUGUUUCUUCGCUCAACGGUCGUCAAGUGGUUUAGUGUGGGGAUAGUUUGGUUUUGAACCCGGCAGAGGCGAGCGGGAGUGUGUAGCUGGACUGGAUCCAAUUGUAACGAGUGUUGUAGUUACAGCGACGCAUCCACAUGGCGACAGACAUUGUUGCACAGUUGGCCGACUCUCUGGCCAAGACUGGAGUCCAGGAUGGAGAGUUGAGUUAUAAAGGCCAGGGAAGAAAGCUGGACGAUGCCCAGUCAGCGGAGGAGAUCGUAAAGGACAUCCAGAAGUUUGAGGGUUUACAGGCUCUCAGGAUGGAGGGAAACACUAUUGGCGUUGAGGCAGCACAAGCCAUUGCCAAGGCCCUCGAGACGAAGAGCAAAUUAAAGCGUUGUUACUGGAGUGACAUGUUUACUGGUCGCCUGCGCCCUGAAAUCCCGCCUGCCUUGAAUUCACUGGGUGAUGCCUUGAUGCUGGCUGGUGCCAGACUGACCGUUUUAGACCUCAGCGACAAUGCAUUUGGGCCUGAUGGAGUGAGGGGCAUCGAGAAACUGCUCAAGAGCACCGCCUGCUUCACGCUGCAGGAGUUACGGCUCAACAACUGUGGUAUGGGCAUCGGAGGUGGGAAGAUCUUGGCCGCUUCAUUGAUCCAGUGUCAUAAACAGUCCCGUGAGAAUAACACCCCCCUCAACCUGAAGGUGUUCGUUGCAGGGAGGAACCGUUUGGAAAACGAUGGAGCCACCGCCCUUGCUCAAGCUUUCCAGUUGAUGGGCAGCCUGGAGGAGGUUCACAUGCCCCAGAAUGGUAUCAAUCACGCUGGCGUGACAGCUCUGGCCUCAGCAAUGCAGCAGAACCCUGGACUCCGAAUCCUCAACCUCAAUGACAACACCUUUACUGAAAAGGGGGCUAUUGCCAUGGCUCAGGCCCUGAAACACCUCAACAACAUCCAGGUGAUCAACUUUGGAGACUGUUUAGUGCGACCAGAAGGUGCUAAAGCUAUUGCAGAAACUGUGUCGGAGGGACUACCCAUCCUCAAGGAGCUCAAUCUGUCAUAUGGUGAGAUUUCAGCGGGAGCAGCUCUGGCUGUGGUGCAGGCAUUGAAGAACAAGGACAAGCUGGAGAAACUGGACCUAAAUGGGAACUGUCUAGGAGAGGAUGGCUGCAAAGCUGUGAAAGACAUGAUUGAAGGCGUGAACAUGGUUGAUCUUUUAGGAUCACUGAGUGAUGAUGAGGGUGAACCUGAAGACGACGAGGAUGAGGAUGAAGAAGAUAAUGAUGAGGAUGAUGAAGAGGAGGAAGAUGUAGAUGAGGAGGAAAUUGAGGAAGAAGAAGAGGAGGAAGAAAGCGGCAGCAACAAGCUAUCCACUCCCGUGUCAGCACCGCGACCACCAGACGUCUCUUCUUUCCUCAGCUUCCCGUCUCCUGACAAACUGCUGAAACUUGGUGCCAAGAGAGCAUUGCUAGUCCAACAGCAAGUGGAUGUGACAGAUGCAAGAAAAACAGCUGAAGCCUUCCUGAAGAUCGCAUCGGUGUAUAAAGAGGAGAAUAAUGAUGUCAAGAAUGCAGUGUUGGACACAAUUGACACCCUCCUGAGAAAAGCGUUCAGUACUCCUUUGUUUCAAGGAUACAGCUUCGUGUCCAUUUUGUUAGUGCUCCUGGGUCUCAUCAAGAGUGAGGACAAGAUCAAGCCCGUGCUCGUUGUCCCAGGCCACCUCUAUGCCUUGGAGCACGUUGUUCGGCAGGACUACUUCCCUAAAGAGAAUGUGGCCGUGCUCGAGGCGUUCAUGUCCCGGUAAGGGCGUGGUGAAUCAGCCAAUCAGCAUGCAGCUUCCAGGAGCAACAAAUUCUUGGAGUCGUGUGGAAAUGCCAGAAACGGGCUCCUAUCAACACUGCAGAGAGUUUGAUCUCAGAGCUGAGGCACAUAGACUGACCUUUAUUUAGUGAUAAACCUUAAAAAACCUGCACACACGAACCCAAAAAUUUAAACAAAGCUGCACUUGGGAAGAUCUCCAUUCUGGCACAAUAAAACAAAAUCACUGCAGUUCAUUUGAAGCUUUUCUUUUAUUAACCUUCUUUUUUGGACUUGACUUGAAUGUAUUGUGUUGGAAAUGAAUCUGCUGUUGUAAGGAACUCCUUCUGUCCACUAAGUAUAAACUACAGGACAGCAGCGGCCGCAUUCUUGCACCUAUCCUCCAAUACAAUCAUAACACCGACCUGACCUUAUCUCAGCUUACACUUUAGUGUGAUCAGGAGGAGCUCUGACUGAGAGUAGCCUGAAUCUUCACAUUUUCUCAGUUUUAUAUUUAAACAUUCUCUCAUUUAAUCUACAAAUGUUUACUAAAGCCACAAAUAUGGUUGAAAAUGAUGUUGAGAAAAUAUUGGAGACCAAGGGAUGGUAGGUUAAAUCAAUCAAAAUGAGUUUAAAAGCUAAUGUAUUUACUGUCUUUUGUAGCCCAGGGUGCUGUUUGUAAAUUUGAUUCGCAAAAAUAAAGUGUUUGAAUGUUGAA